AUGUGGACCAAUGUUUUCAAACUUCCUGGUUUUAAUCAAUUAUCAUGGUUUCAAUAUCUCCCGCAUGAGUCGGAGUUGCUCCAACUACCAGACAAAAGCAGCAGUGUGAAAGAUGCUGCCACACAGAUGGUACUUUCCGCACAUUUACAGUUGCAGAAGGAAGGAUUACUCAGCACGUGGACCAAUUCCUUUGUUGGGCCGUGGGACCCAUCACAGGGCUUUCACAAUCCAGAUGAGAAGAUUAAACUGUGGCUUUUCCUGCCUGGGCGUUAUUCAACUGUUACUGACUCUGCUCAAGUUGCAGUCUCUAAAUUAAGAGUUGUUGCAUCUGGAGUUUGGAUAUCUCCUGGGGACUCGGAAGAGGUUGCAACUGCCCUUUCUCAGGCUCUGAGGAAUCGUAUAGAGAGAGUGCUAUCUGGGUUCGCCUAUAUGAGGUUUGGUGAUGUAUUUUCAAAGUUUCAUCCAUCACAAAAUGAAGAGCUUCUCAGGAAAGGACAGCCUACAGUUGAAUUUAUUUUUUCUGCGACUGAAGAGGGGAUAUUUGUGCAUGCUUUAGUAUCUGCAAAGCAUGUCCGAGCACUUUCCAGUGGUGAUUUGGAGAGAGUACUGAAGCAUUCUUCCAAAAAUUCUGGUUAUAGGCUUCCAGUAAUCGCAUCUCCUCAUGGAAUAUGUGGUAGGCUUACCGGAUGUUGCCCAAGUGAUCUUGUGAAACAAGUGUAUUUUAGUUCUAGCAAGUCUAAGACUUCAAAUGGUUUAAUUGGUCUGCCAAAUCACGUCUCUCAAGGUUCUGAUUGCCAACUGAGGGGUCAAAGUUGCUAUGUUGAGGUUACUCUGGGUUGUCCUAGACCUGGAAGUGACAGGGCCUUGCAAUCAAACUCACAUUCCUUCAGGAAUCUAGUGAAACAUCAAGUUGCCGAAUCUCCUGCUUUGGGAAGAGGUGAUCAAAAGGGAUCUUUGAAUAAUUCAACAGUUUAUGAGAAAACAUUUGUAUAUCCAGCUGAGGCAGUGCUUGUCCCGACUCUGCAAUUUGUUAGAUCGUCUUUAAAAAGAUUUUGGCUGCAGAAUUGGAUAGGGCCUUCCAUGCCAGGCUCAUCUUUCUUCAUGCUUUGUUCUGAUAGCAUAGAUCCUAUGGAGGAAUGGAAUGAAACCAAUGGUAUUCGUACACAACGUGGCUAUAAUAGUAGUAGCAACAGUAAUUGUAGCAGCAUUAGUAGCAUAAGUAGCAGCUCAAGUGAAACUGAUUACAAGAUGGCAACAGGAGCCGGUGAACUAGAGGCUGACGCUGAUUCUUUAAGCAGUAGACAGUCUGGUUUAUCUUUUAACGAUCGUUCGGAAAAUGAUAGCUUUAAAUUGGGUUCUAAGCGCCCUCGAGCUGGGAUGACUGACUCAUUUGCUCAAGUGGGUACAUCUACAAGUGCUUCUUUGCAGGACACAUACAAGUCUGAUUAUGGUUCUGUGGAAGUCAACAACUCAGCGAUCACUGGAUUUGCAAACGAACAGAGUGGAUCUCUUUGGGAUUGGGAUUGGGAUGAUAGUGACAACGGCACCGAUAUACAUGCUUUGCUGGAUGAGUUUGGAGGUUUUGGAGACUUCUUUGAAAAUGAUGCCUUGCCAUUUGGGGAGCCCCCAGGAACUGCAGAAUCUCAGACGCUUAUGUUGUCCGGUCCAGAUUGUGGCGAUGUAGUUGACAAUCCAGUUGGGCCUAUGGAUGUUUCUGAUCAGAUGCUUUUGUCCGAGAGUUUUGCAUCCUUCGAAAGCCUUAUUCCACCCCCUCCAGCAGCCAUGGAAGAGGGGCUUGGCAAAAAUCAAGGAGUUGGAAAUGGUGCUUUGGCAUCAGGUCCCGUGAACUGCUCUUCUGCAUCUAAUGUCAGCGAAUUUGAUCACAUAUUAAAAGCUGAGGCACUGAUGACAUUUGCUCCUGAAUAUGGAGCUGUUGAAACCCCCACAAGUGAAGUCUCAUCAUCCAUUUACCGAAGCCCUUACUUGCCACAAUCUAGAAAAGUGGAGAGUUCAAGUUCAAGUGCAAAUAAUUACACAUAUGGUGCAACCCCACCUUCUCCUUGCCUUGAUGUAUGUGAUGAGAAGACUGGCGUGCCAACGAAUUCAAAAGCAUUUCCUGGAAAGAAAGAUGCAAACAACAUUCUCGGGUCAAAAAACUAUUACACCCACGUAGGGAGUGGUAAAGAGCAACAAGACAGAAGAUUGUUUACAAGUAGUAAAGACACUGUACUCACACAUGAUGGGGCUACACCAUCGACAUUCCCAACUUUCAAUUCUGCAAAUGCUGUCAAAGCAUCUCAGAGGAAAAUGAUUGAGGGGACAUUUGACGCAGAAAAUUCCUUUUUGUAUAUGAAUACCAUUCCUGCAACUGAAAUUGAAUGCCUCAUAUUUCAAGCGUCAAUGUGUAGAAUACGGCACACAUUAUUGUCUUCGAGUAGUCUUUCAUCUCUUGGUAGGCUGCCUGGUGACCCAAGUAUGAUGACAGAUAACAUAUUGGGAAAGUAUGAGCUGAAGAGGAAAGAUUCAAUACCAAUUAGAAUUGCUGGUGAUAUUGAUGGAGGAAUAAUUGAUGGACAUCUUAAUGCGCCUGUUGGUGUUUGGCGCUCUGUAGGAGCUCCUCGGGUCUCGAAACCCUCAAGUUCAUCUAGUAUGGAAAUUAGCACAUCCUUGCCUCAUACUUCAUUCAGUGAGGAAGGUAUGCUUUCUUAUGGGCAACGACAACCACUUCAGGAACUUCUUGAUGGCAUCACAUUGAUUGUACAACAAGCUACUGCUUUUGUUGAUUUGGCCCUGGACUCAGAUUGUGGUGAUGGCCCUUAUGGUUGGCUUGCUUUACAAGAGCAGUGGAGAAAGGGAUUUUCUUGUGGACCUUCUAUGAUUCAUGCAGGUUGUGGGGGUACACUUGCUUCUUGUCACUCCCUGGACAUUGCCGGUGUUGAGUUAACUGAUCCACUCUCUGCUGAUGUUCACGCUUCAUCUGUGAUUAGUUUGCUGCAGUCUGACAUAAAGAUGGCCUUAAAGUCUGCAUUUGGUAUGUUGGAUGGGCCAUUGUCUGUGACUGAUUGGUGCAAAGGCCGCAACCAAUCAGGUGAAACCACAGUUGAUGGAUUAUCUGGUGAGUCCACUAUAAGUGAUUGUAGAGAUUCAUCAAGUACUGUAGCACUAUCUACGGGGGAACCAUUGAGCCCAUCACCUUCUGUUGGAUCAGCUGGCCUUAAAGGUUUAUUUUCACUUACAUCCCAAAGAAGAUCAAACCCAGAAAACUGUAGUUCUGAAUCUGAUCUGCAGAUGAGUGCGCGUCUAAGACCGACACUUUUGGUUGCUCCGUCGCCUGCUAUACUUGUUGGGUAUCAGGAUGAUUGGCUUAAGACAUCAGCAAGCUCUCUGCACCUCUGGGAAAAGGCUCCCCUUGAGCCAUAUGCUCUUCAAAAACCUAUUUCUUAUUGUGUUAUAUGUCCAGACAUCGAUCCCCUAACAUCUGCCGCUGCUGAUUUUUUCCAACAACUAGGAAGUGUUUAUGAAACAUGCAAAUUGGGAACUCAUUUGCCUCAGAGUUGUGGGAAUCAAAUGGAGGUUGACUCUGGAAAAUUGUCAUCUGCUGGAUUCGUGCUGCUUGAUUGCCCUCAAGCGAUGAAGAUUGAAAGCAGCAAUGCAUCUCUUGUGGGGUCAAUAAGUGAUUAUUUUCUUUCUCUUUCAAAUGGUUGGGACUUGACGAGCUACCUGAAGUCUCUUUCAAAGGCUCUCAAAGCUUUGAAACUUGGUCAAUGCUUGUCUACAAAUGCAAAAGAAGGAAGUAGCAGUCCUUCUAUGGUGAUAUAUGUGGUGUGCCCCUUCCCCGAGCCUAUUGCAGUUUUACAGACAGUUAUUGAAUCUUGUGUUGCUAUUGGAUCUGUUGUCUUCCAAUCAGACAGAGAAAGGAGAUCUAUGUUGCACAGUCAGGUUUCAAAGGCAUUAAGCUACUCGGCAGCAGUGGAUGAAGCAUCAAUAUCAAAUGUUUUAGUUCUCUCUGGGUUUAGCGUUCCUAGAUUGGUACUGCAGAUUGUGACAGUUGAUGCCAUUUUCAAAGUUACUAGUCCAUCACUGAAUGAGCUUGUGAUUCUUAAGGAGACUGCUUUUACUGUUUACAACAAGGCUCGUCGAAUAUCACGAGGAUCUUCUAAUGAUACAGUCCAGUCUUCAUCUUCUAAUAGAUCCCAUUCGGUCCUCACACAAAUGUCUUCUCCGGGGAUGUGGAAGGAUUGUGUUGGACCUCGUAUUACUGGGCAUUCCCUACCAAGAGAGGGUGAAAUUGACGCUAGUUUGAGGACUGGUACCUGGGAUGGUUCAUGGCAAACAAGAACUGGAGCUGUAAGCUGUGAUCCCAGCCGAAUUGGAGAUAUGUUCCUUCAAGAUGAAACUCGCUACAUGUUUGAGCCAUUUUUUAUUCUUGCGGAACCUGGUUCUGUAGAGCGUGGGAUUUCACCUUUGGCUUCUAAUAACUAUCCAUCAGAAUCUUCUAAGCCAUUGUCCGAUGAAAGUGGUGGAGUGUUUAUGCCAACUGCAACUGGGGAUACUGGAUCAGGCUCUCAAGCUGAUGCAUCUGAGGCAGACAAGACUCCAAGUCUACAUUGUUGCUAUGGAUGGACAGAGGACUGGCGUUGGCUAAUAUGCAUCUGGACAGAUUCAAGGGGAGAAUUACUUGAUAGCCACAUAUUCCCCUUUGGUGGAAUUAGCAGUAGACAAGACACAAAGGGACUGGAGUGCCUUUUUGUCCAAGUUCUGCAGCAAGGCUGUCAGAUACUGCAGGUAUGCUCUUCUGAUACUGGAAUGACAAAACCCAGGGACUUCGUGAUUGCACGCAUCGGAAGUUUCUACGAACUUGAAUACCAAGAGUGGCAGAAGGCAAUCAAUACCGUUGGGGGUUCAGAAGUGAAAAAAUGGAACUUGCAAUUGCGGAGAUCUGUAUCUGAUGGGAUGUCUGCUAGUAGUAAUGGGCCAUCCUUGCAGCAGCAGGAAAUGAGUUUGAUUCAAGAAAGAAAUCUGCCUUCGUCACCUGGCCCUCUGUAUGGAAGUCCUCACUCAAAGAUGUCUGGAUAUAUGAAAGGUGGUUUGGGACAACCUUCUGGGAGAAAGCAGUUAAUGGGUGCACAUACAUUGAUUGACAGCUCAAGAAGUUUGCUUCAGUGGGUGCAAAGCAUCACCUUUGUCACAAUUGCAAUUGAUCAUUCUUUACAACUUGCCUUUCAAGCAGAUAUACCAUCUCCUGGAGCUCAAGGUGGUUUUGGUGUGGGCUCAUCUGGAUAUUUGGAAGGCUUCACGCCUGUGAAGUCUCUUGGCUCCACACCUGCUUCUUACAUUCUGAUCCCAUCACCUAGCAUGCGUUUCCUUCCUCCAACACCGCUUCAGCUGCCCACAUGUCUCACUGCUGUAUCACCUCCACUAGCACAUCUCCUUCACAGCAAAGGCUCUGCUAUUCCCCUUUCUACUUGUUUUGUGGUUUCAAAAGCUGUACCUACUAUGAGGAAAGACUAUAGGAGCAACUUGAAAGAAGAAUGGCCUUCAACUCUUUUGGUCAGUCUUAUUGAUCACUAUGGAGGUAAUAACUUUAGCCAAGAAAAGAUCAUGAGAGGUAAUGCUAAACAACUGGGAAGGAGUCCAGGCUCAGAAGCUAGAGAAUUUGAAACUGAGGCUCAUGCCAUCCUUGAAUCAGUUGCGGCAGAGCUUCAUGCACUCUCUUGGAUGACCUUGAGUCCAGCAUACCUGGACAGGCGAACUGCCCUGCCUUUCCAUUGUGAUAUGGUUUUGAGACUCAGGAGGCUUCUUCAUUUUGCUGAUAAGGAGCUCUCCAAGCAUCCUGAGAAGGCACAAAGUGUGGGUUAAAAGUCCCAGACAGCAGUUAAUUGAUUGGCCAGUGGUAAAUAUAAUAUUGAAGAAAUGAAAUGCCCUAAUCAGCUAUAGGUAGCCCAUGAUAGGUAUCUGUUUUACCUCGUAAUUUUGUAACUUAAUAGGUUUCGAUGUAAUUUUAGCCUAAUUUAUAGCAAUCUUGGUCGAAACGAUGUCAAUGAAAAUAGGCAGUCUGGAAGGAAAUAGCUAGAUCUAACAUAUGUAGUUUGGUGAUGUAACAAACUAUCAGAACUAAUGUAGAUUGUAUUAGAAAGUUAUAUGAUUAGGUCAUCAGUUCUGAAGUUAGCAUUAUGAGGUAAUGUACAGCUAUUCAGUGCUUGGAUGGAGAAGUCUAGGCGUGUUUAAUUACCAUUGUUUAUCUCCAUAU